UCGCGAGAACGAGUGGGCCGAAGAUCGCUGAUUCGGACCGUACGGCCGCUCUACUGCCCAGCAUUAUGUCGGCUAUCUGCCAUUGGAAUGGGCAGCGGUUAGGGUUGAUCCCUUUUCCUUUUCUAAUGACGAUUUGACUAGAGAUCCUUCGGAUCCAAGUCCCUCAGUAUCAUGGCGUUAGGCUUUGCUUCAGCACAUUUUCUAUACUUGCUCGCUUUGACGUUGAGAAAACUAUUCCCGAACCAGACAAGAACAAGAAAUACAAAGGGGUCGUCUACUUUUCGAUUCGGAGGAUUUUGCAUAAUUUCCAUUUUUCCCUCCCAUAUGCCCGCCUAUGCGAAAGUACAACCAUCUCACAUCAUGGUAAAAAAAAAGUGCACGCCUGAAACUGGAACCCGUGGCGGAGAACAAGACGAGAACCGGGCUGAAUUUCCAUUUUUGGAUUUUUUCGAUCGGACAUAAGCUAGCUAACCGGGUAGACGGCGCCAGAAGAAAAAAAAAAAAAAAAGAG